UCGACAGUUCCGCUUCCCCUCCGCCAUAUCAGAUAGAUCCUGGGGUCCAAGAAGAAGUUAACUAAACAAAACUUACAAGCACGUCGACACGGCGUCGCAAGUCAUAAUAGCAAGGGAAAUAUUCUCAUUACACUUGCAGCAAAACCAGUGUACGAGAGUGAAAAAGACGGAGGCAACACUUUGAAGAGAUUUGCAGGAGUUCUGAAGAAAUGAAGUCAUGAGGGUUGAUCUCUGAAACCCUAUUACCCUUCUGAGUGUGUUUCCCUGUCAUGUCUGACAACGGAGAGCUGGAGGACAAACCCCCUGCCCCACCAGUCAGAAUGAGCAGCAACUUCGGCAUCAAGGACAGUAUGUCAACAAACCCCAGUUCUAAACCCCUGCCCUCCGUCCCAGAGGAGAAGAGGGACAAACCACGCAACAAGAUCAUAUCCAUCUUCUCAGCAGAGAAAGGAAGAAAAAAAGACAAGGAUAAGGAGCGUCCAGAGAUUUCAAAUCCUUCUGACUUCGAGCACACCAUACACGUGGGCUUCGAUUCGGUCACGGGGGAGUUCACUGGAAUGCCAGAGCAGUGGGCUCGGCUGCUGCAGACCUCCAACAUCACGAAAUCUGAGCAGAAGAAAAACCCUCAGGCUGUACUGGAUGUGCUCAAAUUCUACGACUCCACUGGCAACAGCAGGCAGAAAUACCUCAGUUUUACAGAAAAAGAUGCACCACCAGCAAAAAAAGGCUCAGAGCAAUCACCAGUCAAGGAUCCUGAUGAUGAUGAUGAUGAUGAUGAAGCCCCGCCCCCUGUUGUAGCACCACGUCCACAGCAUACCAUAUCUGUAUACACUCGUUCUGUCAUCGAUCCUAUUCCGGCACCUGCUGCCGUUGCAGACACAGAUGGUUGCAAAGCUGCAGAUAAACAGAAGAAGGGCAAGGGCAAGAUGACAGAUGAGGAGAUUAUGGAGAAACUUAGAACUAUCGUCAGUAUUGGAGACCCCAAGAAAAAAUACACAAGAUACGAAAAAAUUGGACAAGGUGCUUCUGGUACGGUGUAUACAGCCAUUGACGUUGCUACUGGCCAAGAGGUAGCUAUCAAGCAGAUUAACCUACAGAAGCAGCCCAAGAAGGAGCUGAUCAUCAAUGAGAUCCUGGUGAUGAAGGAGCUGAAGAACCCAAACAUCGUCAACUAUGUAGACAGCUUCUUGGUAGGAGAUGAGCUCUUUGUGGUAAUGGAGUAUCUUGCUGGAGGCUCUCUGACUGAUGUGGUUACAGAAACAUGUAUGGAUGAGGCACAAAUCGCUGCUGUCUGCCGAGAGUGUUUACAAGCUCUUGAGUUCCUGCAUGCAAACCAGGUCAUUCAUCGAGACAUCAAAAGUGACAAUGUUCUAUUAGGGAUGGAUGGAUCUGUCAAACUAACUGAUUUUGGGUUCUGUGCUCAAAUCACACCUGAGCAAAGUAAGAGAAGCACCAUGGUAGGAACACCCUACUGGAUGGCCCCUGAAGUGGUCACACGUAAAGCCUACGGGCCCAAAGUGGACAUAUGGUCCCUGGGUAUCAUGGCCAUUGAGAUGGUAGAGGGCGAACCUCCUUAUCUCAAUGAGAAUCCUCUGAGGGCGCUGUACCUCAUCGCUACUAAUGGCACCCCAGAGCUCCAGAACCCAGAGAAACUGUCACCCAUUUUUAGAGACUUCCUAAACCGCUGCCUCGAGAUGGAUGUGGAGAAGAGAGGUGGAGGAAAAGAACUCUUGCAGCAUCCCUUCUUGAAGCUGGCGAAGCCUCUUUCCAGCCUCACUCCCCUUAUACUUGCUGCCAAGGAGGCAAUGAAGAGUAACCGCUAGCCAUUUGUCACUAUGUGCCAGUUGCCAAAUUCCUUCACAUGACCGAUUCCUGUGAGAACCUCCAUAACUCCAGCAGAGUCUUCCUUCUAGUCCCGCGAAGGACCUUUGCUAUUCAGCCCUGAGGACCCUAGUCAUCUCCACCUGGGCGACUAACUUGCACAAUCACCAUGUUUUGCCUCCUCACACCAAACUCUCCUUUAAUAUGCCUUAAAAAGGCUACAAAGCCAGAGGAGCCACUGACUAUAGAUCUCUCUUGUUUUCUACUGAUGUCUCUCAUUGUAUUUGUUUAAUGUACGCUGUUCAGACACCAUUGCAUCGGUCAGUGUGUACCUGAACAUUUCAUGCAUUUCUGUCAAAAUUCUCUUGUAUUUUGACUAUUGUUCAACUCUGGCCUAACAAAAAAACUUUCUCCCCUUUUUUACAUUCCAGAGAAGUAUUAUAAUACUUGAAAUGUCCCAUCCUCUCUUAGUGACCUGUUACUUGUGCCUACUACCUAUUUGCCUUCACCUGUCUCAACAAAAUGGAACAAUUUUGCUGUAUGAAAUUAAAUGAACCAUUCCUGUUUUUACAUUUUUAUUGCAAAACCUUAAGUUUAUUAAAUUGUUGUGUAUAUUAUGUAUUCUGGUUAUAAUGCCGAAAUGGGGAAGAAAAAAAAAACCGAAAUCAGGACAUUUUUACAUGUUUUGUAUUUAUGUGUAUGUAUGCAAUAUUUUAUAUUUUAACUAACAUUCUGACAGAAAACCAGACCUUAAUGGAUCUCCAAAGGUUGUCAUAGAAAUUAAUAAUUUGGUAUAUUCUUUGCAUGUUAAAUCUAACUUGUUUUAAACAUUACAAUUCAAUGAGAAACAUUUUCAGACAUUCCAGAUAAGUAAAUACACUUUGUCUGUUUUCUGCUCGUUUCCUUCGAGAUACAAAGUUUUUGUUAAUGAUGAAACCAUCUUAAAAAUAUGCUUUGUAAAUUAUUAUUAAAACAGACUUGGAGCAAACAUGGUUGAACCAAUAA